AUGUCCACUGUGCCACCGGUGCCUCAGUGGGUGCACGGUUUGACGAAAAUGAGUCAAAACGACUUUCAGUCAAUUUGUAAGUUGGCCCUGCCUCACGCAGUGGCGAGUGAGGGCAAGCCGACGUCUGAGGUGGUUGAUAAGUUGGGCUUUUUGAAAUCUCCAGUGAUGAAGAGAGAAGGCAACGUUAUAUCGCCGCCCAAGACGCUGGGUCGGUUCGUGCACUUCCUGCGCUGCUCCCUCUGCGGCCUCGAGUCGAUCAACAAGACGCGCUUCGACAGCCACCUACCCUGCAGCCAGAUGGGCAAUGCCGAACACCGUUACUAUCUGCACACCUGCUCCUCCUGCUUUGCUUGCUCUACCUCUCAAAGCCUCAUGGACGAACACAUUGACCUCUUCCACAAGGGGACUCAGCUCGAUAAGGGUAAUAUCAUUCAUUUUAUUAACGUCUUCACCUCCCGCGCCAACGACUACGAAGUGUAA